GCUGCUCCUCCUUCCUGCACGACCCAAGAUUUUCUCUCGCUUUCCCACGCUCGCCUAACCCGAACCAAGAAUCUGCUGUAAUCCCGCUUCCGGGAAGCUCCGACGAUGGCCGCCGCCCUCUUCGCGCCGUCUCUGCAGACGCCCUUGCACGGCCCCCGCCACUCGCCGCCGUCCCCGGCGUCGGCGUCGGCGUCGGCGUCGGCUUUUCCUGUCUCCAAUCUGGGCUCGCCGCUCCUGUCGGCGGCGAGGACCUGGGUCCCGGGACUGUCGUCGAGCAGAUCGUCCUUCUUUGCCAGCCGCUUCAGCGACAUUGUAGGUAAUUUCAGCGCGAGAAUGGCGAGGGGCGAAUCCCGCGGGCCGAUGGUCGUGUGCAUGUCCUGGGAUGGACCGCUCUCUUCCGUCAAAUUGAUCAUUCAAGGCAAAAACCUGGAGAUGAAUAGUUCAGUGAAGUCUUAUGUUGAGGAAAAAGUUGGGAAGGCUGUGCAGAAGCACAGCCACCUCGUGCGCGAGGUCGAUGUCAGGCUGUCGCUUCGAGGCGGAGAGUUUGGAAAAGGCCCCAAAGUUCGCAGAUGUGAGGUUACAUUGUUCACCAAGAGGCAUGGUGUGGUUCGAGCCGAGGAAGAGGCAGAGUCAGUCUAUGGAAGUAUCGAUUUGGUAUCGUCGAUUAUACAGAGGAAGUUGAGAAAGAUUAAGGAGAAGGAAUCUGAUCAUGGUAGGCACAUGAAGAAAUUUGAUAGGCUGAAGGUUAGAGAACCCGUGGUGGUGCCGCCAGUUGUGGAGGAUGAUGUUGAGGAUGUUCCUCAACAAGAAGAUGAGGACUAUGAUGAGAUCAUCAGGACCAAGUACUUUGAGAUGCCACCUUUAACGGUAGCUGAAGCAAUUGAGCAACUGGAAAAUGUUGAUCACGACUUCUAUGGGUUCCGGAAUGAAGAAACCGGUGAGAUCAACAUUCUGUACAAGAGAAAAGCUGGGGGAUAUGGUCUGAUUGUACCGAAAGGAGACGGUAAAGCACAGAAAUUAGAGCCUGUGGUAGUAGAACCAGCCAAAGAGCCAUCUUUCGCUGAGUGAGUGAGGCGAGGUGAAGCGACGGGAUGAUCCUUUCCAUGUGAUAACAUAAGAUUUUCGAGGCCUUUUGCGUCAUUGGCAUAAUCAUCCUGGCUGCAGAUCACUAAAGGGCAAGCUCAUUGCCAGAAUGACCUAAGGCUGAAGACACCAAAUUACAACUGAUUAAGCAUUGCAGUGCUUACUUAUGGGAACUAACCUUUUGAAGCACAGCCCACUUUGGCGGUGUUGUAAUCAUCUCAUGACCCGUAUGCAAGUUAUAAAUGCCCAUUUUGCUUUCAUCU